CCGAACACAGAGACACACUGCAUCAUGAGUAUAUCAUCACUGAUAAUGCAGAAAACAGAUGCGUCAUGCUAAUGUUAAUUUAGCUUAGCAAAGUAAACAUGAAAACUGGACUUAUUGAACUUAACUGAAGCUGAAUGUAUGAUUCACGAAACAGGUAAAGAAACAGUGAUGGUGUUUCCUCAUCCCAAGUGAACAGAGUUUCAUGCACUCGAUGACUGAGCGAUUUACACAUCUCCGCUCCAGCAGAGGCCAAACCUCACUAACAAGUGCACUUAAAAGCACACGAAGAAGAGCGAGCGCGUGACGCCAGUGACGUCAUCGCGUUGCCUGACGUGCGAGAGAGGCGUUGAACCCAAACUCAGGCCUUCAGAAACACACAGACGGGAAGAGACGCGAUUGACGGCUUAUGGUGAUUCUGUGAUCAGUGAAGAAGUGCAAAAUGAACGUGUUUGAUCGCAACAUAAACUUCGACGCUCUCUUUAAAUUCUCUCAGAUCUCGCGCUCCACUCAGCAGCACCUGAAGAAUGUCUAUGCCAGUCUGGCGGUGUGUAUGCUGGUGGCCACGGCCGGCUCCUACAUCUACGUCGUCACCAGAAUCUUCCAGGGUGGUCUGACCAUGCUGGGCUCUCUGGCCAUGAUGGCGUGGCUGGCCAUGACGCCUCACAGCCCACAGACAGAGAAGAAGAGGCUGGCCAUCCUGGCGGCGUUCGCCUUCUUCACAGGUCUGGGACUCGGGCCGCUCAUGGACUACGCCAUCAGCAUUGACCCCAGCAUCAUCGUGACUGCGUUCCUGGGCACCUCCAUCAUCUUCAGCUGCUUCACCCUCAGUGCGCUCUACGCUCAGCGCAGGAGCUACCUGUUCCUUGGAGGAACUCUGAUGACGGGUCUAACGGUCCUGCUGCUCGUCUCCAUCCUCAACAUGUUCUUCGGCUCCGUCCUCAUCUUCAAGGCUCAUCUGUAUCUGGGUCUGCUGGUCAUGUGUGGCUUUGUGCUGUUCGACACUCAGCUCAUCAUAGAGAAGGCAGAGAUGGGGGACAAAGACUACAUCUGGCAUUGUGUGGAUCUGUUUUUGGACUUUGUGACCAUCUUCAGAAAGCUGGUGAUCCUGCUGUCCAUGAACGAGAAGGAAAAGAAGAAGGAGAAGAAGUGAUGUGGAGCGCGGCGGACGCAUCUGUGAGCUGAGCAUUGUGAAUAUGAUGAUGACCUCGUUGGAUUAGAUUGACGUGAUUUGAUAUGGUGUCUUAAUUUUAUUUUUGGAUAAUUGUUAUUGGGCUUUGAGUAUGUGGUGGGGCUGUAGUGAACUAACGCGGAGUCUUAUUGAAGCACUGAUGUGGAGCGAGCCCCUGCGUUAAUCAUGUAAUGUACAUAGGUUUAGUCGGAGGAUUAAUCGAGUUCUUAAUGAUGAAGACUUGCUAACAGCGUCAGAAUCGCCUCCUCAUCAUCACAUGAUCCGCUCGUCAGGGCUUGUUGCUUUACUUUAUCAAGAUUAUUCUUUGUUGCCAAUGUCAUGAUAGAUGGUUUAUUUAGCCGCUGCUGUUAACGCCAGUUUAUUUAGAGUUCUCACCACUGUUAAUGCGUUCAUCAUGCACACAUCACAUGUUUUAUUUUCUUCAUCAAUAUUGUGCUUCUGGACUGAUCAAUAAACUGAUGCCACAGAUGGG